AUGGAACGGGUGUCACCUAUUUAUGACAUUCUGCGGUAUCUCCCACCUUUUGAAGAUGGAUGGCUUCCUCCACCUUUCACAGAACCUACCCCACUUUUGUCUCCUACAUUGGAACCUCAAAGAGAUUACUCAACUUACUCCGAGUUCAAAGUUGAAAUCUCGAAGGAUAAAGAACAUGUAGUAAGUGAAAGUGGACGACAGUUUCGUGAAAACUCCGCUCUAAACUGGUUUUACAGCGCUAAUUCAUACUCUAGUUUACAUCAUUUUACCAUUCCUACUCUUGAGCAAAAACAAAAUUCACAACCAACCACAGAAAAAUCAUUGCUUUCCACCAGCAAUUUUCCAAAAACAACAGCAGCUGCUGCUAAGCUGAAACCAUUGACUGAAGUUGUUAAAAGUACUUUACAAUCUACUGAUAAAGCAUGUACUUUAUUACCCAUAACAGAGAAAACAACAACUUCACAGAUAUACUCUGAGGAUUUAUUUAAAAAAGACAGCAGAAGAGAAGACAUCACAACUAAACCAUCGGUCAUCACGGUGUCACCUAAUAACCCCUUUGACAACAACCCAAACUCCUUGUUGAAAAGGCGCCAGGAUCGUGAGCAUGUUGUUAGUCAAGUUCCUGGUUUCAGAAGUAAUCAUGGAAUAUUCGUGAAUACAGAUUUUGUUGUCCCAUCAACCACACCAAAAGUAAAUAUAACAAUGCCUAAACCAGACGUUGAAACAAAGCCAAAUGUCACAACUCGGUACAUACUUCUUCAGUCUGGUAGGAUAGUGGCAAUUAAUGUCACUUCUGCCCCGAAAGUUCUGAAAGACGCUUCUAAUAACAAUAUCCCUCCGUAUUAUUUCGGCAGCCGCAUUCGAAACAAGAAACCUCCUGCUGCACAUAACAUAACAAGAAACGAAAAAAGCACAUUUCAGAAUAAAACAUUUCAACCCAUUAUUUUAACGUCAUCAGACCUUAUACUAAAUUCAGACAAAAAUAAAAACCUGACCAGUAGGAAUAAACAAAAACCACUUCUGAGACCAAUUAUAUCUUUCAGAGAUGUUAGGUUACUGUUUACUAGUGGAAACAUGACAAACAAUUUGAAAUCUCCCAGCAAAAAUGCAACAAAAGAACGCCUUUUUGAAACUCUAAUAGAUGUGUUUCACCCUGGAACAACUGAAAGUCAAUAUCUUGUGAUAACUUUUAGUUCUGCUAAAAAGAAGCCAAAGAAUCCUCCACUUAUAACUAAAGAUUUUUCUUUGCGUUCUAAUGAGCAACACAAGAACAAUAAAAGCGACGAAUCAAGUACCAUAUCUUUUCAAGAAGAAAAACGGAUUAAGCCUCAAGUGUCCAAUCCUCUUAGAAGACCAGAUUUUGAAAAUAGAAUUAAACCGAAUAUUUCUACAACGGUCACCAUAGCAACCAUUCCUAAUCGAGGGCUCUCUCACGUUAAUCUCCAAGCGGCAAAGAGGGUAAAGUCGGAAAAACUAACUCCUGGCAAUACAGGACCACAGCCAGCCACUACAUCAUCAACAACACAGAUUUCUCCCAGGCGUUCCAGACAGCAUGAAUUUCAUUUCAGAAAUUCGGUCAGUUUUCAGACGAUACCACCAAGCUCCUUCUCAGAUAGAAGAUCGUUGUCGUCUUCAACGAUUCCCUCUCAACCACUUGUUCAUGAAUCACCGACAAAAAGAAGCAAGAUACUGAAGGAAAAUAAUCUUAUAUUCAGUUUUGAGCCCACUCGACGGAGUGGUAGAACGAAUUUGCUUCGGAAUGUUACAGUUACGCCGCAAAAUGAAAGAAAUGCUACUUUGAGAAACAGGAUAAACCUACAUCGUUCAAGACCCUCGGCACCAGUUCAAAAUCCUUGGUGGACUCAGGUUACAGCUCCCACACCUUCUUCAGUACCCAUUUCUAAACCGGUGACAAAUCUGAUCGAAAAACAGUUCCGUGUUUCUUUAACUACAACAAAGCCAAUUCGAGACCAAGUUCCAGUCACAUCUACUGCUCAAAACAGUGCUAGGAGAGAAAGUCGGAAUUUCAGAGGAGCGGAUUUCAAACCAGAAUUUUCAUCGACAGAUCCAAAUCCGUCAAGUACAACGAUGACUAAAAAACCAUUUAGAGUUUACUUUUUCGAGCCAAAAAGGAAGAAAAGCAAACAAGUUGAUCAGUCUGCAAAAGAAUCGGAUAAAGAAACAAAAAUGUUGGCGAACACUAAUAUUUAUGAAAGUUCUUCUAGAAGAUCACGACAUCGACAGCUUGACAACAGUUCCAACAAAAACCCAGCAGUUUCCCGCUCCCCGAAGAGACUUCCUUCUACGCAAAUCAAUUCAGAGACCACAUCGACAACACCUGCUCUGCUACCGAAAGCUACAUCAAGAAAGCCGAGAUACAUACCUUUUAUUCGUCAUCAACCAAAUGUUGGAACUAAAUCUCCCCAAUUAAGUCAAAGAACAACUAAAUCAACUACUAUACGACCCGUCACCAUUCUUGAAUCAUCUUUGGAAUCCGAAUCUUUUCUAGAUUAUGUCCAUAGACCAUUCGAAAUCAGAAGAACAGGAUGA